AUGGACGAGCUGCCGGCCGACGUGGUAGCCAUCGACCUGGACGCGUCAGGAAAGGUCGUGCGGACCUCAACGGACCCUGCCCUCUCCCCGGCCUGGUCCACGUACUACCCCUCCGUUGCCGAGUACCAGCUGCGACGGCCCGUCGCCACGCUUCUGCGCUCGCAGCUGGCCGUCACCGAGCGCUUCAGAGGGGGCAGCGCAGACAAGGUUGUCUGUUUGCUGGACGACAGGACGAUGGUGUUCAAGUACCGCGGCGAAGCAUGCCUCUACGGCGGCGUCUGGGGCGAGAUCCAGAUCUUGUCGCAGCUCCCGGCCGGGCAUCCCCACUUCCUGACCCUGGAAGCUCUCGUCCUCGAAGAGAUCAGCGGCCUUGGCGUCGUCGGCUUCACCAUGCGCUACGUCGCCAGUCCGUCCCUGGAUCGGUGGGACCCGUCGCGGCAGUUCAAGCUGCGGUGGCUACGCGAGCUGAUGGCCAUCGUCGACGAGCUGAACCUCGAGUACGGGAUCAUGCACCAGGACAUCGCCGACCGGAAUCUCCUCAUCGACCCCGACACCGGCUCCCUCGUGCUGAUCGAUUUCGGCUACGCGAACGGUAUCGGCCAUGGCGAUCACGGACGGGGGUACAGGGGGGAGAUGCCGGGUCGAGACGACGUCAAGGGCGUCGUGAUCCUCGCCUACUACCUCGUCACCCGCGACCCUCGCUACUCCCAAUACUACCUGGACCAAGUCGACGAGGCGGACGUCCUCGACGUCGACAAGUGGACGAGCGCGGCCGCCGCCAACCACGCCGUGCUCGACCACCCGCCCGCCGUCUUCCACGCCGAGGUGACCGCCUGGGCCGCGCGCCGCCGGGCCGCGCCGCCGCUGACGCACUACACCCAGGCGCCCAAGCACCUCCACCUGCCGCCGCCGCCCGUCCCGCCGCGGGACGUGGUCACUCACGUCGACGACAGCUCUGGCGCCGUCACCGAGCGUAACCUGAUCACGGCCCACGGUCUCCGGGCGGACCGGAUCGCGGCGGGGCGCCCCGUGCUCCGCUGGGAGCGCCCGCCCGCGUCCAAGGUCGACAAAAGCCGCCUGCUGCUGGCGACGGGCCGGUACGCCGAC